AUGCUUUUCAGAAGCCUGGCACGUCCUUGGUGCUCAUGCGCAAGGGCGACGAGGGUUGGUCGUUGGUCGACUUGCGGGGGAGUACCACCUUCAAGUGGUCCUUGCGAGCAGUGGAGCUCUACCACUGCAUGCGCAUUCCUGCAGGUUCAACUCCUCCCGUGGUGGGAUGGGUCUGUGCCGAGGGUGAGGGCCCGGCGCCCAUGCUGUCCCCCGGGAAGUCGCCCCUGCUUCCUUUCCUGA